CAUCAUUAGAGACUGGCUAAUUAAAAUAUUACUCAGAUUUUUAAUCAUGUUAAGCUUAAUUAGUUUGAUAAUGAAAAUUAAUUAGUCAUCUAAUUAAAUACUAAUGAACUUUAUUAAAUGAAGUAAUUUAUCAUAUACAUACUUAAUUGUUUGAUAAGGUAUCCAAUGGAGUGCCGAUUUGCCUGACGAAUCUCGAAAAGUGUUGAAUUCUCCCCUCGUCUGGGACUUCACUCCGGGACAAAGUGACGUCGAGAUCGCGGCCAAGUUGAAGAACGUGGGAAACAAGGCCUUCCUCGAAAACCGGGCAACCGAUGCGAUCCGAUUUUACAACCUGGCUCUGGAGUACUUUCCUGAGGAGGAGAUAACUCCAUCUGGGAUGUCACUCUUAUCGGACAUCUUAUCCAACAAGGCGGCCGCUAUGAUUAAACUGGAAUGUUUCAAUUCAGCUCUUGCUUGCACGGAUAAAAUUCUCGUGGUAGACAGCAGUCACGUCAAGGCGAUCUAUCGUCACGCCAAGGCUCUCCUCGGACUUGGACGAUACGCCGAAUGUCAAUUUCUGAACGAAAAGCUUGCCCAAAUCCCAUCCUUGGGCCAAGCGCAUGAAGAUCUUGUCAGGAUGAGAUCCAGCAUCACUGACCUGGGGAAACCACCGGGAAAAGAUAUUAUCGCCGCUUUGCGACGCCCAGGGCCAUCGUGUAAAGCUCAGCCAGAUUUACCGGUGGGGAUGUUGGACCGCAUUUCUGAAUACCGCGGCCCCCUUCGACUCGGGCCAAGCAACAUUGGCAAGGGGGAAGGAUUAUUUGCCACGGAAGAUCUCGCAGUUGGAACAGUUCUCAUCGUUUGUAAACCCUUCGCCGGACUGUAUGUCCAAGGAGAGGAGAAGGAAGAAUUUUCAAUUAACACAAACUGCUACAAAUAUCUUGUCGGCACGAUGGCCAACAAGAUCUGGCUGGACCCUCAACUUGGCCGUGAAAUUUACACCCUUUGGGCUGGACCGGAACUGAAGUCCUUGGAGGAUGAUGACCCCAAAAUUGAGAAGGUGGACAUGGCCCGACUUGAGAAGAUUUACUUCUUUAACGUGACAAAUACCGGAUUUGCAGGGCAGUGUGCCGACCACUUCAUUUCGGCCGGUAUUUGGAUCCCCCAGUCAAAAAUUAUUCACAGCUGCGUUGACGCCAAUGUCAUGAUUGGUGUUCACGAGAGCAGCCUCGUCAUGAUGGGCACGACGUUCAAAGAGGUGAAGCAAGGGGAGGAAAUUGUGUCAAGCUAUGUCCCCCCAAUGCUGCCGUUUUGGGAGAGAGAUUUUAUGGAAAGUCAUGGAUUUAUCUGCAAGUGUCGCCUCUGCGAAUUGGACCGAUCCGAAGGUGCCUAUGUAAUCACGAAGAGAGAAUCACUCUUGAAACGACUGAAAUUCCACCCUCUCAAAUAUGCAAUACGCAAUUCAGAAUCGCGAUUGAUACCGAAUAUGAAAACUAUCUACGUUGACCUGGGAAUCCUAACGGAAUUGAAAUCUCUUCGUGCCGCCACGCCCGACUUGAAUUUUGCCAUGACGAAUCCCGAAAUUUAUAAAAUGGCAACCUUCUUCCUUGAUACAGGAAGUUACGAUUCGUGUUUCCUCAUCUUGGAGGAAGCCUACGCCGCCAUCAGAAACGUCCCGCCGAACAAUGUGAAGUAUGCUUAUGCCGAAGCUAUUUUGGUUGCCGGCAUGAAAAUGCGCAAGGAAAAGGCCGUCCUGGAAAAAUGGGUGGAAGAAGUGCGGAAAUAUUGUCGUCUUUACGCCGGUACGCUGGAACAUGUUCGAGCCGGACAUUACCCCACGAUUCCGGAGGAUUUGAAAAAAUUUGGGAUUGAAUUCUUCAACGAGGAGACGGGUUAA